GUUCAGAGACAUACACACUGCCGCUUCCUCAUCGUGUUUCACACAGUUGUUGGUAAUAAUUUCUGUUUCACGGCUGAAGAUCAUGAAGAUGUGGAGAUUCCAGAACCUGCUGAUCCUCCUGUGCACAGCUUUUAGUCGUCUGCCCCAAACAGCAUCUGUGAUCCAGGUGUUUGGAUAUGAAGGCAGAGAUGUGAAGAUUUCCUGCUCAUAUUCGUGGUGGUUUACAUCCACUGAAAAGUACUUCUGUAAGGAAGACUGUGGUUACAAAGAUGUUCUAAUAACAGCAAAACAACAAAGAAAGAAUAGAUACUCCAUCUCUGAUGAUGAGAACAAGAGAAUCUUCACAGUGACCAUCUCUGAUCUUAAGCUUGAUGACACUGGGACAUACUGGUGUGGAGUCUCAAAGGAAGGACCUGAUCGCUACACUGAAGUCAAGCUGAAGGUAAUAAAAGACAGCUGCUGUGAUAAAGUGACUCAAAUCCAAGGUGAUGAGGGCGGUUCAGUCUCCAUCAGGUGUCCGUAUGAGUCCAAGAAGAAAAACGUCCUGAAGUACGUCUGCAGAGGGAAGCAGCCCUCCACCUGUCUGCAGCGGGCUCUAAUCACCUCUGACAGGCAGACCAAACGAUUCAGAUUCACUGAUGACAGGAAGUCAAGAACAUUCACGAUCACCAUUUACAAUCUGACGCUGGAGGAUUUUGGGUCGUAUCUGUGUGGAGUCCAAAGUGACUCAGGACUGGAUGAUUUCUCUGCUGUUGAACUGGAGGUCAAAGAGUUCUGCAGAGUGAAGUCCUCCAUCAUCAGAGGCAUCGUGGGACGUCCAGUAACCUUUCAGUGUUCUCAUCCACCACAGCUCAGAGAUAAAGAGAAGUUCUUCUGUAAAGGAGACCAACUCAACAACUGCACAGACAUGAUGGCAAAUCCAACAAAGUUCAGGCUGCACCAGCUUUCCUCCAGCUGUUUCUCUGUGACCAUCACAGAACUGGAAGCAGGAGAUGCUGGGAGAUACUACUGUGGUCCAGACUCACAGCGGAGCUUUACAGACUACACCAGGAUUCAGCUGGAAGUCGUUUCUCCACAUGAAAGCAGCACUGUGAGCAUGAGCACCAUGACUGGACAUGUUACAUCCUUAUCAUCAUCAUCAUCAUCAUCAUCAUCAUCAUCAUCAUCAUCAUCAUCAUAUGUGCCUUUAAUUUACAUUCUGCCUACAGUUCUGGUGCUACUGCUGAUUUUAACUUUAGUUCUUUUGAUGUUUUUGAGAAAGAAAUCAAAGAAACUGCAAGUUGGUGAUGUAAUGAAAAGUGUCGGUCGUGAUGCGGAGACGAGGAUCAAUGAUAUUUAUGAUUUGCAUGAAGACUUUGAACCCAGUCCAUUAGACACCCCGAAUCACGACCCCAAUCUAAUCUACAGUGAAAUCAAUGAUUAAAGAUCAAAGACAAUAUAGCAUUUGGAUUAAUGAAGAAAACACAAAAAUCCCAAACAGUUAGUGUGCUGCUUAACUCUGAAGCAGGAUUGGUGUUUUAAACGUCAACAACUUUGGUCUUCUUGUUUAUCUGAUCAGGUAAAGUUGGCACAAGCUGGUAAAAAGCCUACCUCCUUUUUUUAAACUGUUAAUAAACGAUUUCUACGAACAACGUUCUUGAUGUUCUUCGGCAACAAUCUGGUGCAUCUUGUUAGGAGACAUGAUUUCGACUUUUAAAGAGUACUUGCUGAUGCACCAGAUCAUCACAGACAAGCUACUAAAAUGUAGCUUUAACAACAGGAACCCUAUAAUGAUGCAGACUAGAGUCAAAAUUUCCAAAAAAACAGUUGCACCUCUGCUGCCGAAUCCAGAAAACCUGAACAUUAAGAUAAACUUUAGAAAGAUUAAUCAUUCUUAUGUGAAGCACUUUCUGAAGUGUGCUGAUUAAAGUGUUUAAACGUAUCUGUCGUGUCAUAAUUAGAUGUAGCAGCUGUCACUACACAGUAAAAAAACAUGCCUCUUAAUUUAGGUAAGAUCAUCAGUCUAAUCUAAGCUGUUGACACCUUUUUGCAUUUAAACUAAUGGUGCACGCUGCAGCUUCCUGUGGAACUCAGUGGGAAAACAAUGCACGGAUAAGGUCAAAGGACUGUCAGGAUGUGGGUUUGGAGGAAGGUUAGGACCCAAGAUGCAGAACCAGAGACACGAGGCAGGACGUGGAAAAAACUUAAAAUCCUUUAUUAAGGAGUAAAUCCAAAGUGGCAGGGAGCCUAAAACCAAAAUCCAAAAGUCCUAAUAUUAAA